AUGGCUUUCAUGGUGAAAAGUAUGAUAAGUAGCCAGGUAAAGAAUUUAGGAUUUGGAGGUGGGUCUGAAGAACAAAAAGAAGAAGGCGGCACAUCGGACCCCGCAGCAGCUCACGGGAUGACCAGAGAGGAGUAUGAGGAAUAUCAGAAGCAAGUGAUUGAGGAGAAGAUGGAAAGAGAUGCUGCGUUUACACAAAAAAAGGCAGAGAGGGCGUGCCUCAGAGUCCACCUCAGGGAAAAGUACAGGCUCCCAAAGAGUGAAAUGGAUGAGAAUCAAAUCCAGAUGGCUGGAGAUGAUGUGGAUUUGCCUGAAGAUCUUCGGAAAAUGGUAAAUGAAGAUCAAGAAGAGGAAGAAGAUAAAGAUUCUAUUCUUGGGCAGUUGCAGAAUCUCCAGAACAUGGACUUGGAUACCCUAAAAGAAAAGGCCCAGGCCACCUUCACGGAAAUCAAGCAGUCGGCUGAACAGAAGUGUUCUCUGAUGUGAGGGGACAGAAGAAAGAGAAAGAAGUGGGCAGGGGCAGAGAGAGGCGGGUGGAGGGAGGAGGAGGCCGCGGGCAGGAAGGGGGCUCACCUGCAGGCCUUCCCAGCAGCAUGAAUUUUAACAUUGAACACGGUUAGGACAACCGUGAUAAUAAAUCUGUCUACAAGCAUGCACACAAUGAUUGGGUCGUGCUCAUUGUUCCUAGCAGAGCACCUAGUGAGCCCUUGCAGAAGGCAACACACUUCCCUGUUGGUAAUAAAUGUAUCUAUGAGA